AGCCAGUGCGUGACGUAUUUCCGCUUGCCUUUGCGGUUGUGUGGCAGUGAGGCGCAGGAUGGCGCUGUACAGAUUGAGCUCUUCUCUCCUCCUCCUCCUUUCUUUCACCAUUUAUCCUCACCUCUCAAAACCCUGUGUCGACUAACACUGUGCUUGUUUUUGUGCUGUACAUCAGAAAACGUGAAAUUCCAGUCCAACAUUACAAAAUGAUCUGAGAAGAGAUGAUAGCAGAACCAACAUUACUGUCCAGAUCAGUGCAAAAAGAGAACUCAACUGUAGAUGUCUCUUCCUGCACGUCUGGGAAUCACUCUACUGGUGUGAGAAAUGAAAACAGACAGAAGAAUACGAGGGGGAAGAGGAAAGCCCGAGAAGGUUCAGAGAAUGCUAAGCGGAAGCACUCCAAGAGCAGCAAUGGCAGCUUGGGCAGAGCAGAGAAUGAGCAGCUCAAAAACAGAGACAUUGAGGCCGUCACCUUGUUUGAGGUGGUUACCAUGGGCAGGAGUGCCAUGCAGGCUGUGGUGGAUGACUGGAUUGAGGCCUAUAUUAUAGACAGAGAACCAGCCCUGCUUGACCUCAUCAGCUUCUUCAUCCAGUGUUCAGGAUGCAAAGGGGUAGUAACUGCUGAGAUGUUUCAGAGUAAGGAAGACACUGAUGUCAUGAGCAAGAUGGUGGAGGACUUAGAUGAGAGCUCAGGUUUACAGUACAAGAAGUUCCUGGCAUUUCCGUGGAUAUUGACUGUCACAUGGCCCAUGGAUAUUGACAGCGGUGAGUAUCCUCUUGUUAUGUCCGGCUUGUACUGGAAGAAGUUCCGCUCACACUUCUGUGAGUUUGUCUCGGUGCUUGUCGCUCAGUGCCAGUACAGUGUGAUCUUCGACAACUACCUCCUGAACACACUCAUCUCUCUGCUGACUGAACUCUCGGCGUCAUGUGUGCGCGCCUUCAGACACACCUGCACACUGGCAGCGGUAAAGUUGCUCAGUGCUCUAGUGAAUGUGGCCCUCAGCCUCAGUGUCAGUGUGGAUAACAGCCAGAGACUCUAUGAGGUGGAGCUGGCUAAGACAUCCAGCAAGCGAGUCUCGCCACGGCUAGAGAGGAUCCAGAGGAAGAUUACGGAGUUGCAGGACCGAAAGCUUGAAACAGAAGACAUGAUGGAUGUCAUCUUUAAGGGAGUUUUUCUUAAAAGAUACAGAGAUGUGAUACCUGAGAUCAGGGCGAUCUGUAUGGAGGAACUGACCAUAUGGAUGAAGCUCUACAGUCCAGUGUUCUUGAAUGACACCUAUCUGAAGUAUGUAGGAUGGAUGAUGCAUGACAAGCAACCUGAUGUGCGCUUGAAGUGUGUGCUGGGUCUGCAGGGACUCUAUCAAGAUGUUCAUCUCAGCUCUAAAAUGGACCUUUUCACAAGUCGAUUUAAGGAGAGAAUGAUCUCCAUGACUCUGGAUAAGGACCAUGAGGUAGCAGUGCAGGCCAUGAGGCUGCUGAUGGUCAUCUCCCAGUCGUGUGAUGAUGUGCUGAGCCAGGACGACUACAAACACAUAUUCCAGUUUGUGUACUGUUCUCAUCGGCCUCUUGCAGCCACUGCAGGGGAAUUCCUCUAUGGCAAGAUGCUAAGUAACCCUGCAGUGCCACAGUCACUAGAGGGAAGAUCAGAAGAGGACAAGUGCAGAGCACUGACCCUCGCAAGAGUUCGAGCACUUAUCCACUUUUACACCGACAGUCAGCUGCAUCAGCAUGUGCCAUAUGUAGUGGACAGUCUGUGGGACAGUGGUGGUGCUCUGCUGAAGGACUGGGCCUCGCUGACCUCUCUGCUCACUGCCCAGCCCCCCUCACAGGAGCAAGUGUUGAGCAGUGCUGAGGAGGCUCUGGUUAUUGAGAUUAUAUUGGCAUCAGUGAGACAGGCUGCUGAGGGGCCUCCACUAGCAGGGAGAAGCACAGGCAAGAAGGUGAUCAGUACUAAGGAGAAGAGGCUGCAGACUGAUGACUGUGUCAGGCUUACAGAACACUUCUUAAAGGUGCUACCUGAGCUGUUAUCCAAGUACUUAGAAGAUGCUGAAAAACUGACCUCCUUCCUCAAAAUACCUCAGUACUUCCAAAUGGACACCUGUGGUGUUGAGUACACUGAAUCUGUGCAGGCUUUGCUGGCUGGGCUUGACGCUGCAGUGGGCAGACACUCAGAGGCCGGGCUGCUGGAAGAAGCUGCUCGCUCGUACCACAGUCUCUGUGCUGAUGACUCACGCUGGCAACUCUUAUCAGUGCCCGCCAUGGACCAACUCAUCCAGCGCUGGACACACACACUGGAAACAUGCUUAGGAGAGGCACUGAGUAAUGGAGCCUUCGUCGCUAAUGAAGAAAGAAAGAAAGAAAUUCUAACCACACUGAAGAAACUUACUGCUUUCAACAAUGCUCAGGACCUGUCUAAGUGGGGGAUUUGUGAGCUGGUCUCCAAGCUGCUUGUGGUUGAAGUACAGCAUGGGGGCUUGCCAGUAGAGAUGACCACUGAGGCGCUGCGCUGCAUCUGCUGCUGCAUCCUAUGGAACCUCAAUAAGUUUGGCGAAGGAACAUCCUCUAGGGAGUCAGCGCUCCAUCAGAGGAAUCAGCUGCGAGCCGUUUGUGAAAAAUGCCAUCGUUGUCUGUCCCACGCAGAGCAGCUGGUGAGAGAGCAGGCAUUCAUGUGUUUGAGUGACAUCCUCGUAGCCCAUAACUACCAGCUGCAGAUGUGGGACCCCUCAGCGGGUGCUCCUGUCUUGUAUACCCCUGAACCCAAGCUCCAGAAAGCUCUGCUAAGCUUCGUGCUGGAGCAUGUCUUCACCAGCCCUGAGCCAGAUGGCCACAGCAGCAGAGGCAGUGAUAGUGAGUGUGGUGUGAGUCGGCUGGAGGACUUGCACAGACGGAGGAAUCUGUUGGCUGCGUACUGUAAGCUGAUAGUGCACAGUGUGCUGGAGAUGAGCAUGGCGGCCGAGAUCUUUAAACAGUACGUGAAGUACUACAACGACUUUGGUGACAUCAUCAAAGAGACUUUGAACAGGACGCGGCAGAUGGACAAGAUUGAGAGCGCACGCACUCUGGUUCUUUGCCUACAGCAGCUGUAUCUGCGUCUGAAACAAGAGCAGGACAGUGGGAACACAUGCAGCUUUGCUGUGCAGACAUACAGCAGCAUCAAAGAACUGGCCAGACGCUUCUCGCUCACUUUCGGCUGGGACCAGAUCAAAUUCCGCGAGUCUUUAGCCAUGAUCCACAGGGAUGGCAUUGAGUUUGUGUUCCAGGGUUUUGUUCAGGAGUCUGAAAAGCACUCUCCUCCGAACAUCUCCUACCUCACCAUCCUCAGCGAGUUCUCCAGCAAGCUGCUCAAACCUGACAAGAAGACGAUAUACAGUUACCUGCAAAGAUAUGCUGGUGAGCAGACCAUCAAUAACAGGGAGGAGUGCUGGAUGCCUCUCAUUUAUUACAGAGCGUCUCUCCAGGGCACAGCUGAGGGAGAAGAUGCUGUGUCCUUCAUCAGCUCCGACACUAACAAACAGCCGUCGCUCACCAAUCGUUCCAAAUCUCCCUCCAUCAGACAGGCCACUUCUGAAGGAGAUCCACGAUUACCACCACCAUGUAUAGAAACAAAAGGGAGCAAGCAGCUGAAGAGUUUAGAGGAGCUGAGAGUCACAGAGCAGGGUCCAGCACUCAGAGAGCAGCCACACUGCGAUGGACCAUCUGACACCCAGCCAAGGACCACUACUGAUGAGGUUGAUGUGGACACAGUAGAAAUAGAUAUAUGAUGCACGGGUUUAGUCCUAACAGAGGUCCAGUUUUUUUUUUCACCAAGUUAGGGAGUGAGUAAGUUCACUGAAGUUCCUCAUCAGGAUAUCUAUAUGACUUCACUGUGGGACAGUUACUGUAACCAAUGAUGAAAGAUGUUGGUGCUGAAGACAUUUCCAAUUUAAUCAAGCUUAAUUAGAUUAAUUCAUUUUUUUUCUUGCACAAAACCAGAUCUAAGCUAAAGGCUUAGAAGGUGCGGUCUGCCUCCCUUGCUUGUAUGUUGUAUUAUUGCGGUAAAUUAAGAGUCUGUUAUUAAUAGACUUGUCAGAAUGUUCAGGCUUGACAAAAAUAUGAGACCUGCUACACUUUUUAAUUGCCACUUCUGUUUGAUGUGGAUACAUCAUUUAGCCCUGCUGUCUUCAACUGAAUAGACAUAGAUUGAAAGUCUUGGUGGACCUUACUUGUGAGUGACCUCUAAAAAGAUGAACUGACCCACUGUAAGGCUUGUAAUAUCCCCUUAGGAAAAUCAUGCACUGCAGAUGUUCUCAGUCAGUGUUCAAACAUUCAAUAUUAUUUUUAGGGCUGUGCAGUGUGAUUAUGUAUACAGAUACUUGGCAACACAUGGAAUAAUGGAAACACCAGGGAAAUGGAAUCAUAUUUUGAAAUGACUAAUUCAAAUCUGCACAUGCACAUGUCUUGUAUUAAACUUAUUCUACUGUGUUUAUCAUAUUAUCAAAAAAUCAGAAAAAUCUAGCCAUUAUCAGAUGCUGCCAAACAUUUUCAGGUUUCAAAAUAGACUGCGUCCAAUAUUAUAAAGACGAAGGGCAGCCUGACAAGUUAUUAGUAUAUUCAUACUCUGAUUGGUGUUUCCAUCAUUUUGUUGUAUGAAGUUACAGCAUUAGCGGUCGAUUUACAUACAGGGGUUAAGCCAAAGCCUGGACUACACUUUCCUUUUAAUGAAGAAUCUCCAUGCAGAGUGCUGUACAGUCUGGGACUAUACAGACGGGCUUUAUCUCUCUCUGAGUAACCAACUCUAGAUCUGAAUACUGCAAUAUUGGGACAUGGCAUUGCAUAGUGCAUUGUUUAGUUUGACCCCAAGUUCAUGACUGUUAACUAAAAUGAGUAAAGAAUACAAAUAAUUCAUCAAGUAUGCCACAGAUUACAUCCCUGUAUGGUGUGAUGCCAUUGUAUGUAGAUACAUCUUGUAAAUAAGGCUAAACUUAAGUGUUCAUAUUUUUUUCCCCUGAAUUCUCUCCCUAAUUUAGACAUGUUCAAUUCCACCCACUAGUUAGGACUCCCCCCAGUCACACAAUACCACCAGUGCUAGGAGGGCGAAAGCUUGCACAGGCUUCCUCCGAGACUUGUAAAGCGCUACAGCAUCUUUUCAAACUGCUGCUAACGCAACAUCAUUGGACAGCUGAAUGCGCUUGGGGGAAAGCACCAACUGUUCUGUACUGAGCUAGCAUCGCGCUGGGUGAUGGGGGGGCCAUCCUGCCCACCCAGAGAGAGCGAGAACAGUUGUGCUCUCUUGGACUCCCGGCUACGGAUGGCUGUAACAUCACCAUGGACCCACCCCGCGAUCUGAUGAUUAGGGCCCAUGCUUAGACGAUUGUGCCACUCUGGAGCCUCAUAUUCAUAUAUUUUUACUCUCAUUCCAUUUUAUUCAGCUUCUACAAAUAUUAAGCUAUAUAAAACCUUGUAGUUAACUGAAUCACUGUUCUGGCAAUUUUUUCCAAAUGUGAAAACAUGAACAUGUUCAUGAGGAUACUAAAAACCUUCUGAAACACAGUUUAGUGUAAUAAGCUGUUUUAAUAUGGCAUAAUUUAUUCACCUUUUAUUGGUUAGAAGUGUAUCUUUAUCAUAGUGGUGUUUAUUUUGAACUACAAUUCCUCCUGCUGCACCCUUUACUGUUUUUGUUUAAGAUUGCUUUUUUAAACUACAUUUUAAGUAAUUCAUACUUUGCUAAAUCCUCAGCUCAAAUUCAGCAGAUUUUCUGGGUGUGGUAUUUGUCAUUGGAUUGAGAUGUAGUACCUAUUUUGUUUUUCAUUUUUUAUAUUAUAGGUGUAAAUUAUACACCUAAUUUAUUGGUAAACAGAUACAAAAAUUAGGGAUCAGAAACAGUUCACAACAUGGAAAUUAACCACAGAGAGAAAAACAUUUUCAUGGAACAAGAAUAGAAACCGUAAACAAAGCCAUUUGCAAUUUGUUCUGAAGUAGCAAUAUUACGUAAAAGAUUGCUUAAAUUAUAUUUAGCUCUCUCCAGCAUUUGAAAUGCAGAAAAUCUGAAUAUGAACAGACAAAAAAAAGUUUACCACAUUAAAAAACAGAAGAGAAUAUAGUCAAGAAUUAAAGACGAUUUUGUCUGUAACAAAGGAAAAUAUUUCUUUUUCCAGAUACAACCCACAUACUCAGAAAAUUAGUUUCAAACCAUGUUUUUCAGAUCAUUCACAGGAAACACUGGGAACAAAAGGUAUUUAAGGGACGUUGGAAGCGUAUUAGUAUCUGUCAUAUUUACAGUAAGGGGAAAAAAAGAGUGUGGUCAGUGACUGUAGUUUCUGCCUCAAGUGAGACUAACACAAUGUCAUUUAACAGCUUCACCUCAAUACCACCCCCCAAAAAACUCUUCAUGACAAAUUCCUUUAUUCAGAUACAAAUGUUGCUUACAGCUGGUGUCCGAUUUGUCUGUUAAAGUAUUUAAGUUUGAAUGGUCUGAAUGUAAAUUGUACACUGUACUUGACUGUUAUUGACAUCUAUGUAUUGGGGUCUAUGGCAGCUGUUUCACCAUAAUGACCAUGUUUCUAUGUAUGUAAAAUAAAAAGUAACGUUUUCUUAUAUGAAAA